GUCACAUCAAAGGACUCACACUGGGGAGAAACCACAUAAAUGUAUGGAAUGUCGAAAGAGCUUUAAUCACAGUGGCUAUCUUAAGUUACAUCAAAGGACUCACACUGGGGAGAAACCACAUAAAUGUAUGGAAUGUGGAAAGAGCUUUAGUCACAGUGAUGCCCUUAAGUCACAUCAAAGGACUCACACUGGAGAGAAACCACAUAAAUGCAUGGAAUGUGGAAAGAGUUUUAAUCAGAGUGGUGACCUUAGGUCACAUCAAAGGACUCACACUGGAGAGAAACCACAUAAAUGCAUGGAAUGUGGAAAGAGUUUUAAUCAGAGUGGUGACCUUAGGUCACAUCAAAGGACUCACACUGGAGAGAAACCACAUAAAUGCAUGGAAUGUGGAAAGAGUUUUAAUCAGAGUGGUGACCUUAGGUCACAUCAAAGGACUCACACUGGAGAGAAACCACAUAAAUGCAUGGAAUGUGGAAAGAGUUUUAAUCAGAGUGGUGACCUUAGGUCACAUCAAAGGACUCACACUGGAGAGAAACCACAUAAAUGCAUGGAAUGUGGAAAGAGUUUUAAUCAGAGUGGUGACCUUAGAAAGAGCUUUAGUCACAGUAGUACCCUCUGGUCACAUCAAAGAACUCACACUGGGGAGAAACAACAUCAAUGUUUGGAAUGUGGAAAGAGAUUUAGUCACAGUGGUCAUCUUAAAAAGAGCUUUAGUCACAGUAGUACCCUCUGGUCACAUCAAAGAACUCACACUGGGGAGAAACAACAUAUGUGGAAACAGCUUUACUCAGAACUCUCAAGUUAA